AUGGCUACAUCAGCGAUACAACCAGUGAUCGGUGUACAACACAUGGCUGACCGUUCCGCCCUGCUGGAACGCAGUACCAUUCCUCAGAUGGUGUUCUCCGAUGGAUCGAUCUCUUCUCUGAUUCCGCCACCGAAAACAGCCACGAGUGGACGAGUAAGAGGAGAUGUGUUCUCAAUCACGGGGAAUGCAGUUGUUACCGGUGGCUGUGGUGGACUUGGACUGCAAGCAGCUCGAGCGUUAUUAGAGCAAGGAUGUUCCGGCAUUGCGCUUCUGGAUCUUGACCCGUCUGUCGCCCAAGCCCAGGCCUGCCAGAUGUUCCAGGAAUUCCCUCUCGCCAAAGUCAUCACAAAGGCAAUCGAUGUUACAAAUGCCGACAAUGUUGCCACUAUCAUGUCUGAAGCACGCACAGAGCUUGGCUCCAUUGAUAUCGUGCUGUGCUUCGCUGGCGUUGUCUGCACGGAACCAUGA